AUGCAUCGAUAUUUGAAUCUGCAAAGGACGAUAUUCAUGCCUAACGGAAGUUUUGAACGCCCCAUUCACGCUCAACGGAACGAAUAUAUUCGAAUGGAUCAGCCACGUUUAUCUGAGUCGGGAAAUGAAUAUGAAGACGACCUGAUCCCCGAGCUGGGCAGGAGGAGACGAGCGGCUUGGGGAGCGUAUAAGAGCAUCGAGGAUGUAGUGAAGAAGACCAGGAACACCUGGUCCCGUGCUCACCUCUUCAACACCACCGUACUUCCUACUUUUACCUAUGCUUCGGAAACCUGGGCAGUUCGCCGCAAAACAAAACGCGGUGAACGUCAUUAA